CCGCCCUUGAAAGGCACCUUUAACGUACCGCACCUUAUGACCAAUCUUCUAAGCCGGCGGCAUUUUAAUGGCCUUUUACCUUUUUCCGACAUCACUCACUUACCUGCGGUUGCGGGUCACCGAACUUACCAACCAGUUUCGAGCAGACCGCAAUGCCGACCGUUACGACAACGAUGGCAACGGCAACUGUCUCAACGUCGGACAAGCUACUUAAUCCGUCCAGCAAAAGUUCGUCGACGACGGAGGCAACGCUACAAUCGCUGUACAACCGUGCAGCGAGAACAUUCCUUCACCGAGACGUCGCAAUCACGUUCACACUAUUAAGCGCUGCAUUCGCGCUCCUCCCACCUCCCCUCGCGCCCUCGCCUGAUCCCCUAGAUGUCCACCGGAGAAAGUGGGACAUCCUUCGCAUCACCCUCGAGACCACCGUCUUCUCUUCUACUCCAGACCUCGUUGGCUUACCACAGCCGCUCCGAGAAUCCCUACUCUUGUCUCCCCAAUCAUUCAUUUCCAAUUUGUAUGCUCGAUCUCUCACUUUGUUUACUCCUUCGUCACUGUACCGAAAGCCGAGCUCCGCAUUCCUCCCGCACCAAGUCGUCAUCACACUCAUAGCAUCCAGCAUCAAGAUAGAUUGUUUAAAUAUCGGUCGCGACAUUACAGAGGACUGGCUAUCGAAACGCGGCCAAUACGAGUUCGUGCCUUCAACAGGUGAACCAUAUCACAAGGUUCUGGAACUCUACUGCCUGCAUGUCUUGCCUCGUUUGGGUGAGUGGGAGUACGGCAAAGAAUUUCUGUCAGACGAGAAUGAGCUCUCGUCUGACAAAAGACGCGAACUUCAUUCGGCUCUUGAGGCCCAACAUGCUCAGGCGCUGGAGAGUACAAAGCGGGAAACGCCAAAACCUGAGCCUCCUCCCUCUCCUAUACCGAUACCUCCACUCCGCUCUCUAUCCCCGGCGUCCUCCUCCUCCUCUCUAUCCACCACAUCUACCCGCACCGCAGUCCCAGCAUCUCCCCGUCCAAAACUUACCCGCCAACCAUCCACAUCUUCCACCUCUGCAGUUUCAGACGUCACGGUAACUAGACCCCCUCGCCACCGCCCCAACCAAAGCAUGCCCCGGGGAAGUUCAAGUGCCAGUGCCGUUCGCAUCUCCCGCCCUCCAGUCGACCACAAUCUCGCGACUGCACAGCCCCCAAGUUCCCUAGCACUAAUACGAUCUUAUCUCAACCACUAUUUCACCGCAAACAGAAUAGUCCACUCUAUCGGUUUUGUUCUUCCUAAUUCCCCUACUGUCUUUGAUCCUUCGGAGACGGCGGCGCUUAGAGACACCCGCGGACCUGGUACGGAGGAGAUUAUUGGAAGCACGUGGUGAUUCGAUUGUGAGACGGUUAUGGAAUGAGUCGGUGAGGGCCGUUUUGGAUACUGUUAGGAUGGGUGGCGGGGGACUUGUAUAACAUACGGUGCGUUUGCCUUUGUUUUCGGGGAUUCGUCGCCUUGAAACUCUUAUCCCCUUUGACCCAUCAUCCUGUGCCACAUAGUCGCUCUCAUUCCAAGACGUCCAACGGGUUGGUCUCCCAUAUCCGUGCCCGUGUGCUAUACUUGCAAAUCGUAGGCUCGCCGCCUGUAUUACGUGAUAUCUGGCUUGGACACUGUCCUUGCACUAAUAUAUUGCCUGUGCGUGCAUCAGAUCUAAUCACAU